UUGGGGGUUAUAAGGUGGCAAAUAUAGCUUAACUAAUAGAGUAAAAAAGCUAUUAAGAUUUGUAUUUUCUUAUUUUAGGGGAAAAGUUUGGUAGGAUAGGUUUUAUUAGCAUUGACAUUUGUGAGCCUUGACUUUUGUCUUUAAAAUCAUGUUUUUGAUUUGAGGAUUAAUUUUGAUUGAAAAAUUGCCAAACCUAGAAACUCAUUACCUAGAGUGUGAAGUUUCUUCAUAUAUAUAUAUUUUCUUUUUUGAUAAGUUUGGAAUGAUUUGUUUGAAAAUACACCAAUUUGAUGUCAUUGUAAACAUCGCUCUUCUGCAAUAGCUUGUAAAACCACACAAGGUAGGUAACUGUACUAGGCAAGUCUCGUGCGAUGAACUCGACCUUCCCUCUGUUGUUAUAAGCAAGGGGUUUUGAAAUUGAGACCUCCGUUUGGAAGUCCCAAGCCAAACCAUCAGUUACAUCUCUAGGGGCCUUGUUGCACAAAAUCCUAGUGUAUAAUUGUGCUUAAGAUUAAUCCCCCAUAUGUCAGCUCGAUCUGCUUGUUGGCUCCGAUUAGGAUCAUCGAAACAUCCUGAAAGAUUUAUAGAGUCUGCUAUGCUCUAAAAUAAUCUAUUGUUCCUCUCCUUCUGAGUGGACCCCCGGAUUGUAGAUAGAGUGGUACACCAACAUUGGUGGAACUGCAGAGCAGUGUAUGAUCCAUGUUCUCACCAAUUGUAGUUCACAUACAGACUAGCUGUCUGUCUUCUCUUUAUCAAGUUGUGUGACAUUAGCAUAGAACUCCUACAUGUAUACCUCAUGAAGACAUUAGGUGCUUUCAUCUGAAUAUGGACCUACAUGUGGGCCUAGAAUCACUGAUAUCAAUUGAACAAUCACACUGUGGCUUAGCCGGUAACCUCUCCAAACACUUUGUUCCAAAACUAGCUUAAAGUAUCUUCACAGUAUUCAUCAAUAUGGUCCUAUUUCCUGUUUAAAUAGGUCAUCUAAAGGAUAUCGCAAUAUGAUAUCAUCUUGUCGAAGAAGUUCAGCUACUUGAGCUUCCUUGUGCAUUGUAAUCUGCAGCAAGCAAGGAAGCUCAUAUUUCAGGCUCCAACACCACAUAAACAACAAAUGUGUACCGAUUCCAUUAGCAUAGUAAGACCAGCAUUUCUUGAGAGCUCAUUCCAUCGCGUCAUGAUUCCUUUCUGUAAAGGUCGUCAUUUAAAUGUUUACGACGUAAUUGCAGAAGUAUUCCUAUUGUUGAUAUACAUAUCUUGCGAGGAUCACCAUCUUCUAUAGAGAAUUCUCUUUGCAACCAAACCUCCCCAAGAUGAACUUAUUACAGAUGAAAAAUGUGCUUAUGUUCUGGCCUCUCCCCUCAGCUAGAGCUUUCGUUAUUCCAUUCCACCAGAGUGUAUCUCCUUCCCCCCUCUACCCUUUCCAUAAGAAGCCUCACAAUAUUUUCUUGAUUUCUCUUAGUGUAUAAGGUAGGUAUAAUGAAUAAAAAUGUAAAUUUUAGUCCGUAUACUCGACAUAAAAAUCUAAUUAGGAUGGUUUAUCCUUUUCUUCACUUAUACUGGAUCUAGACCUCUCAGUCUCCCUUCUAUUAUCGCGACCAAGGUCCUAAAUUCUACAUCUUUAAACGUACUUCUAAAAGCAAGUACAAAUAUUUAGUUGGAAGAUACUAGCUCCAUCCUGUACCUAUGAGGUGCGUGUUGUACGAGAAGCUACAACAACGACAAAGAUUAUCGUAUUGAUGCAUAACGAGAUACUCCAUCCUCCAGUCUGAGUUAAUUCCAGAUGCACAAAGACAAAAAUUUGCACCUUCUCAUCUGGGAUUAACUCAGAUUUUUUCUGAUUGAUGCGUAACCCAAAGCUGUCUCAAAGCACACCAUGGUUUUGUACAAGCCACCGUGUAUUAUCUUGUCUGCAGUUCACAGAAGAUCAAUGUGAUAUGUGCAAUCAAGAGGUGUGAUAUGGAAACUACCUUACCGUUUCAGAAAAAAAAAAAGGAAGAGGUUUGACAUGGACUCAUCGUCCCUUGCUCCUCUCUUUACCUCAAACCCAAUUAGGUAAGAAAAGCCUGCACAUGCACAUUGCCUGGGGGUUAUAUUUUGAAAAAAUUAUCUAUCCACCAGGGAUGCACUGUUUAAUGCACCUUUUAUGAUGUGAACUGUGAAACACAUUUCAAUACUUUUCCUCUGUUUCUUCUAGUGGUAUGGUGCUAAAAGGAUAGACUUAGAAACAGGAUUAGUUUUGACCCUUCAAUGCAGUUUCCCUUUCUUUCUAGCAUCUGAGUUUCUGGACUAGAAAAUCCAUGAGGUUAUUGGGAAAAGUUGCUUUAGUCACUGGAGGGGCAACUGGCAUAGGAGAGAGCAUAGUACGUCUAUUUCAUAAGCAUGGUGCAAAAGUAUGCAUUGCUGAUAUUCGAGAUGAAGUUGGACAGCAUGUUUGUGAGACCCUUGGUAAUGACCAGAAUGUGUGCUUUAUCCACUGUGAUGUGACUGUAGAAGCUGAUAUUAGUAAUGCAGUUGAUUUUACGGUUCAAAAGUUUGGUACACUUGACAUAAUGGUUAAUAAUGCCGGGUUGUCUGGGCCCCCUAUUCGAGAUAUCCGUGAAUAUGAACUUUCUGUGUUUGAAAAUGUGCUUGACGUGAACUUGAAAGGUGCUUUCCUUGGAAUGAAGCAUGCUGCUCGCAUAAUGAUACCACUAAAGAAGGGAGCAAUAGUAUCUCUGUGCAGUGUUGCAAGUGCCAUUGGUGGAGUCGGACCUCAUGGUUAUACAGCUUCCAAGUAUGCUGUUUUGGGACUUACGCAGAACGUUGCAGCUGAGUUGGGAAAACACGGUGUACGUGUGAAUUGUGUUUCUCCUUAUGCUGUUGCAACUGGAUUAGCUCUGGCUCACUUGCCUGAGGAUGAGAAGACUGAUGAUGCAAUGGAAGGUUUUCGUGAUUUUGCUGCCAGGAAUGCUAACUUGCAGGGGGUGGAAUUGAUGGUUAAUGAUGUUGCUAAUGCCGUGCUUUUCUUAGCCAGUGAUGAAUCAAGGUAUAUAAGUGGGCAUAAUCUGAUGGUCGAUGGUGGUUUCUCGUGUGUUAAUCACUCCCUUCGGGUCUUCAGAUAGCUGUAUGUUGAUCGAUCUUAUUGGGAACUUUCAAGAGAUUGUCAUCCUGUUUGUGAUUUUUCCAUUCAAACAAACCUGCUCAUGUUUCCAAAGCACUAUGCUAAAAGAAAAAAAACUAGACUUAUAAAAUCGCCCGGGCCUGGUCACUGCGACCCCCUUUGUGAGGAGUUGCUUUACAAUUUGCUGUAUAAUCAUGUGUUGAACUCCAACUGAUCAGUGAUUCCCUUUUUAUGAUUUGCUUUGGAAAUUUGUGGAAUAAAAGUCGAUACUUUUUUUCCUCA